CUCUGCUCUCACUCACACAGACGGAGGUUCUCUCUCUCUCUCUCUGUCUGAGCUGCGAUUCUAUCCAUCACCGGCGGAGGAAGAGGAGCAGGGAGGAGGAGGAGGAGGAGGAGGAGGCUGCUGAAGCUGCACGGGACCUGAACCAGCCGGGCUUCGCUCCUGCUCCUGGAGUCCUCCGUAUGGGCUCACCAUGCGCAGGAUACGCGCCAACGCCAUCGCGAUUCUCACCGUUGCGUGGAUCCUGGGGACGUUUUAUUACCUGUGGCAGGACAACAAGCCGCAGGCGUCGUCGUCGCAGUCGGCGGCGGCCGCUGCUGCUGUGAGCCGCGGCAGGAGCCACGGGCAGAAGCCGGUGCCCGGGCGGCUGGAGAUCCACCGGGACGACAGGACCAUCCCACUGAUAGUGACUCAGCCUCCGCGGCCCGAGCAGCAGGCUCAGCUCCUGGGCAGCUUCGAUGACAAGUCGUACCUGGCAGUGAAGCAGCUGAAGCCCGGCGACGACCCGUACAAAGAACAUGCGUUCAAUCUGCAGGAGAGCGACCGCCUGGGCAGCGAGCGAGCGAUCAGAGACACCCGACACUACAGGUGUGCUUCUCUGAGUUAUGACGCCGACCUUCCCUCCACAAGCGUCAUCAUCACUUUCCACAACGAGGCUCGCUCCACUCUCCUCCGCACUAUUAAGAGCGUCCUGAUGCGGAGUCCUCCGUCUCUGAUUCAAGAAAUAAUCCUCAUCGACGACUUCAGCUCUGAUCCUGACGACUGCCAGCUGCUGUCUCAGAUCCCCAAAGUCCACUGCCUGAGGAACAGCAGGAGAGAGGGUCUGAUCCGCUCACGUGUGCGAGGGGCCACCACGGCCUCGGCCGCCAUUUUGACCUUCUUGGACAGUCACUGUGAGGUCAACGCCGACUGGCUGCAGCCGAUGAUCCAGCGAGUCAAGGAGGAUCAUACGCGUGUGGUCAGCCCCAUCAUCGAUGUCAUCAGCCUGGAUAACUUCGCCUACUUGGCUGCCUCUGCGGACUUGAGGGGAGGGUUCGACUGGAGUCUCCACUUUAAAUGGGAGCAGAUUCCCAUCGAGCAGAAAAUGGCGAGGAGUGACCCCACACAGCCAAUCAGGACGCCUGUCAUCGCUGGUGGGAUCUUCGUCAUGGACAAAAGCUGGUUUAACCACCUGGGCCAGUAUGACACUCACAUGGACAUCUGGGGAGGAGAGAACUUUGAGCUUUCUUUCCGAGUGUGGAUGUGUGGUGGGAGUCUGGAGAUUCUUCCAUGUAGCCGCGUGGGUCACGUGUUCAGGAAACGGCAUCCGUACGACUUCCCCGAUGGAAACGCUCUCACGUACAUAAGGAACACGCGGCGGACUGCCGAGGUCUGGAUGGACGAGUUUAAACAGUACUACUACACCGCCAGGCCGUCGGCCCAGGGCAAGGCCUACGGGAGCAUCACUGACCGUCUAACUCUGCGGCGAAAGCUGAACUGCAAACCUUUCCGCUGGUACAUGGAGAACAUCUACCCUGAGCUGAGGGUUCCUCAGCAGGACGCUGUGUCCAGUAUAAUGAAACAAGGUGGUUUGUGCCUGGAGAGUCGCGGGGCCGACGUGCUGACGCUGGCAGAGUGCAGGGUCAUCGGAGGCAACAGGCCGCAAUCACAGAAAUGGGAGCUCAUAGAGCCACUGAUCCGACAGCAGGACCUCUGCUUGGCCAUUUCCUCCUUCGCCUCGGGGUCAAAGGUCAAGAUGGAGCCCUGCAAUACAAAAGAGCCCAGACAGAAGUGGAGGCCAAAGGGUCCAGCCCUGCAGCACAUGGUCAGCGGCCUCUGUCUGGACAGUCAGGCCCUGACAGGACCUCCUGUUAUCUCCCAGUGUCGCCCCCAGAUGGCCAGCCAGACCUGGGAGCCACAGAUUAUCACCUGAGCCACAUGAUAGCUGAUGUAGCGGAGGGAGAGAGGGACGGAGGGGUGUUUGGGGGGUGGGGGGUGGGGGCAGAUUCUGGACCCAGCCUUGAGAAGGACUCAGGGGAUCCGCACACUGUCUCUCAUCUUGUUGAGGGCGUGAACGGACUGAGAACUGUACUUUUGUGACGUCCCGCUCACGUCACACGGCCACUUUUAAAAGGCCUUGCAAGGCCUUUUUGUUUUCCACCUGUACAGAGCGUCAUCCUGCAGCUCCUGCGUGUAAUCUAAUGGCACUUUUCCAUUAUGCAGUUAUAGCCCUACUCGGCUCUACUCAGCUUGGGUAUCGGACACUUCAUAGUACCUCCUCAACGUGGGCGGGGAUCGUCAUAGUCGUUUUUAUACGCGGUUUAUUGCUGGGUUUGAUUCUUGUGUCGGACGCUGCGCUCUGUCGACGUCACAUUGUAGUGUUGGCUCAGCUCACUUGGAACCUCGCCAGAGCAGGUACUCGAAGAAGCACCAGGUUCCAGGUACUACUGCGAAUAGAAAAGCAAAAGAAAUGAGUAGAGUCGAGCCGAGCUGAGCCAUGCUAGAACUGUAUUAUGGAAAAGCCCCAUAAAAAUACCCUGUUCAGACCUGGUACUAACACCUCGUAGAGCUGGGUAUCGAACUUAUUUACUUUAUUGGUAUCGACCGAACUUUUGGCUUGCGCGUGUGUGUUUGUACCUGGUAUUCCUUAUGUUGUGGGGACCUUAAUCUGUUUACACAGUCCCAUUAUGGGGACUUGUCUUCAAAGGUUAUUAUAGUUAAGGAAACCUGAAAAAUGAAAUAACGAAAACUAAAAUUUAAAAAAAAACAACCACACUGUGACCACAUUCCUGAUCUGCAAGAAUACGAUCCAUCCUCAGGACAGAUUAGACUCCGCCUCUGAUCCGCAGCUGUACGGUCAGACUCGUCUUAGGCUAGGGCUGAACAAUUAAUCGUCAUUUUAUUGAAACCGCAAUACCUUUGAAAAUCAACAAAAAAAACAGCCAAAAUACCAUGUUAGAUAAAUUAUUAUCUUGAUCUAUACACAUUUAUUUCUCCAGACUGAAGAACGUCCAUCUGUCACAGAUCUAUCACAGUAAUCAUUUUAAACAUGUUUUGAGAAUAAUUGUGUAACAAUGACCAUUCCCUCUGAUAUCGCAGUCCUAAUUCCUGUCAAUAUUCAUCUCAAACACAAAUUUAUUCUUGCAAAUGUUCAUGACGUCACUUUGUAUGUUAAUUAAAAGUGUAUGUAUUCUUGUGGUUUGCUGGUUGAGGCCAACAUGGAGGUAAGAGUAUAUUGAAUAGCCAGCAGGGGGCGACUCCGUUGGUUGAAUGGAAGUCUAUUUGGAUAUUGAUCUUCUCCCUCCCUCUCCUUGAUUUAUUUAUUUUAGUUAAUGGUUUUAAACUUUAGUUUCAGCUCGUGUUGAACAGAAAAUCAUUUUUCCUCCCAUUUAGAGGAAAAUAGGUAAGUACGGCCCAUAUGAGUGGACGCCAGUGUGAUUGACAGCUGGGAUCAUCCAAUGAGAGUCUUGUUUGGAUGGACGUUAGUACCAGGUCUGACAAAGUCCUGAGCUUGUACCUGAAAAACUGUUGCACAUCUCCCUUUUUCAUUUUCUGUGUCUUUGGUGGGUUUGACUGUUUGCUUUAAAUAUGGGAGCUGUGCGGAUGAGUGCGUACUGUACUGUAGCACCUGACCGCCUCUGUCUUGCUGCCCGCAUCGUCGUCUUACGUCGAGGCACGUUGGGUGUGUGGACCGGAGCAGCUUUAUGUUCAUGUACAGCCAACUCCAAUCCUUUUGCUUUUGAAAGCACCGUGCGAGGCCCUGUCGCGAACAUUAUUUAUUGUUUUGCAUGGUCUGACCCAAAGAAUGUGUUUCUUUCUUCUGUCUCUCUGCAAAGUUUUGUGUAAAUAUUUGAAGGAGACAGAAAACAGCUUGGUUUUUGUGUAAAGUGCCCUCUAUGUUGUUUGAAAAAUAAAAUGGUGGUAACAGAGAAA